UAAGUCCCCCAACAUCUGACUGCAGGAUGUUUUCCGGGUCAAUAAGUGGUUCUGCGGGUCACAGCUGUCUGACUGACUCUCAGGUGAAGAUGCACCUGAGGAGGACGGCAGGUAGCAAAGACUCUGGAGUCAAAUGAGAGAUUUCGGAUGUAAAAUGUGUUUGAUGCGGUUAGAUAUUAGGGAAAGCAUCGUUAUAAAUGUCUGUUGUCUGAAAUGCAAAUAGUUUGUCCAAGAUUUUGCAUUUUCAGAUUAAAAGUAGGAAUCUGGAUUUCUGCAGUCAGACUGGAGACCAGUGAAUCUGCAGAGAUGGAGAAAAUUCUGUGGUUCUUUGCUGCUGUAUCAGCUCUGAGCUCCGUCUCCUCUGAACGUCACUACCAUUUCAUUUACGAGCCAAAGAACUGGACCGACGCUCGGAGCUACUGCAGAGAAACCUACACCGACCUGGUUACUGUGGACAACCAAGACGUCGUGACGAUCCUGAACAACAUGGCCGAUCCGCAGCAGAUGGACUCCACGACUGUCGCCUGGAUCGGUUUGUACCAUGAUGAGAUCAGAUGGAAGUGGCUGUCUGGAGGUUUUUACCAAAGUGAGGAGCUGAACUUCCAGAACUGGGAGUGGAGCGAGCCGAACCUCCCUUGGUACAUGCCGUCCUGUGGGGUGAUGGACAGCUCUGGGAUGUGGUACGAUGCGUUGUGCGAAAACAACAAUUACCCGGUUUGCUCCAAUGGGUCAGAAGAGGAGACGGGGGUUUUCUUCGUCGACGCUGGGAUGAGCUGGGAGGAGGCUCAGAGCUACUGCAGGGAACAUUACACAGACCUGGCCUUUCCCACAAACCAGUCUGAGAACUUAUACAUAGAAUCUUGGAUACCAAAGAGCAAGUAUGGCUGGAUCGGCCUUUACCUAGACACCUGGAAGUGGUCGGACGGACACAUGUACGGGUUUCAACACUGGGCAGAGGGCAAACCUGACGUUGAGACGGUGCCAUGCAGCGUUGCGACCUUUGGCAGCUCUGGCGCCUGGGUUGACUGGACAUGUGAUGAAAUGAAGCCAUUUAUCUGCCACCAUGACUCUCCGUCCUUCACAACACAAGUGGUGAAAGUGAAGCUGGUGGGAAACUCGGCUCUGGAUCUGAACGAUCCUGCGGUCCUGGAAAACAUGAAGAAGGAGCUCCAGCAGCAGCUGAAGCAGCAGAGCGUGGAUGCAGACGUCAAGCUGAGCUGGAAGAAACAGCAGGAUGGAAAAAUCUUCCACCAGGAGGAGGAAACAGACCUGCAGUGAGACGACGACAUGCUGAGGAGAAGACUUUCUCAGUUUUUCUUAUAUCUUUUAAAAUAAAAAAUAUGUAAAACCCAUAUUAACUGAACAGCAAAAUGAUGUGUUGAUGUGAGACAAUAGAUUUUCUUCUAGUCACAGUUCUUCAACAUGUUUGAAACAUUAUUCAAACCUGAUCUGUGUAAAUAGCUUUUAUCUGAGUUUUCAGUUUGAUUCCUUUUUUUGUAAAAUUCAUGUAACCUUAUUGAAUUCAUGCAUAUCUGCCUUCGGUUUCAGUGGUUUUGGUUUAAUUUUGUGUUUCCUCUGUGAUCAUUUCUGGGUUUAUUAUUGUCAUUUAGGUCUUGCCAUAUUCAGAUAAUGUUCCCCUUUUGGUUCGUUGAUCAAAUAAUUUCUAGUUCAGCUCAGUUUAUGUUAAACUUCUCCUGGUGGGACCUGAACUCCUCACCAGGGAGGCGUCCAGGAGGCGUCCUGACCAGAUGCCAAAGCCUCAACUGGCUCCUCUCGAUGUGAAGGAGCAGCGGCUCUACUCUGAGUCCC